ACCGCUGCUUCUCUUCGUAAAGAGACAGCUCAAAAAACAAACAUGAGAAACGCGAGUUGAAUCCGGAAAAGCGAGCGAGCCAUUUCCCCGCUGUUCUCCCUUUUCUUCUUCUGUGUUCUCGCCUUUCUUUCGACACCCUCCCUUCGCACAGCGGCGGCACUCCUCAAGGCUUUUUCGGCGGAGGCAGCUCUACAGGUUUGUGAGGAAAAGUUAAACUCAAUUUCCCCCCGUUCGAACCUCCGGUUUCUUUACAUGAGACUGGCUGAAUGGAUACACAGUCCUGCUCUCCGUCUCCAUCUUCUUCCUCCUCUCCAUCUUCUUCCUCCUCUCCGUCUUUUUCUACUUCGCCUCCUGUCUGUUUGCCGCCUCCUGCGAGUUCUGUGCCUCGUGACCAGCCUUGCGGUCGUCUUCACCGCUUCACUUCUCGGAUCUUACCGUCGUCCUUUCAAGAGGUCCUUUCUCGACAGUGCAGCUCCUCUGCCUCUUCUCCGUCGUCUUCUUCCUCUGGGGAAAAGUUGCUUCCCCCGCUCUCUGCAGCGCGAGGCGGCGAGAGAGAAGAGGAUGCGUCGCGCCUCCUGCCUGCUUCGCCGUCUUCUCUCGCGGGUGCUUCUCCUCUCUUUUCUCCGGGACUUUCUCCCCUCUCCUUGGCCUUCUUAUCUGCGUCUUCACUCUCGUCUUCUCUGCCCGCAUUCCCUCUCCCGCCUGCUCCACGAGUCCUCUCGCCUUCCUCUUCCUCUCCUUUCCAAGAUUGCUGGCAGUGUCGCUUCCUCGGAGUCGCGCUCUUCUCAGGUGUAUCGACAGCUGCCCUGCUUCGCGCCCUCAAGGCGCCGCCCGCCUCCGCAGACCGCAGAUUCUUCGCAGUGGCGUCGGCUGCCUUCGCCUUCUUAG